AUGUCGACCGCAGUGGUGAACGGCCAUGCGAACGGCAUCAAUGGCACCUCCUCCGCAGACCAGAUCACCCAACUCUACCCGCGCUAUGGCGACAUCCCCGACGUCUUCGAUAUUCCCGUGCGCGGUGAAGACGGCGAUGAAGUGGUCAAUCUGGACCUCACGGAGCUCUUGGAUGAGACAGAUGAGCUCUGCGGUCUGCUCGAGACAGAAAAUGCCUCGAAGGACUACUGGAUCACCAUCGCAAUUGCAUACGCAAAGCUGCGCAAGGUCAAUGUUGCGGUGGAGAUGCUGCAGCGGGGUCUCGCGGCGCAUGCGCGUGGCAAGGAUGCAGACAGAUUGAGCAUUCUGGCUUGUCUCUGCUGGCUACACCUAUGGAAGUGCCGGCACGCUCCUCGAGUGAGGCCUACUCAGCCCAGACCGCCGGGGCAUGCAGAAGAGGACGACCUCAGGACCAAGGACGAGUUCCUACAUCUCGCGACAAACGUACUCAACGACGCCAGCCGUAUCGACCCUUCCUACCCUCCGCUGUUCAUGGCGCGCGGAACGCUAUACCUUCUCCGAGCUUCAAUACAACCCGCCAAGGCGCAGAUGGGCGCUGUAGAUCAGACCAACAGAUUCGACAUACUACGGCAAGCAGGAAAGUGCUUCGACGAUGCCAUUCGUUCGACCCACGGCAGGAACAUCUUCGCUCUCUUAGGCAAAGCAAGAGUCGAGUUCUCGCUAUCAAAGACCCAAUCAGCGCUCCAACUAUAUCAGCAAGCUCUCGAACGUGCACCUGACAUGCUCGAUCCUGACCCUCGAAUCGGCAUUGGUGUCUGUCUGUGGACACUGGGACACAAAGAGGCAGCAUACAACGCGUGGCAGCGAUCGGUUGAGUUGAAUCCGCAGUCAGUCAUCGCGCAUAGCUUGCUCGGCAAGUACUGGGUCGACCAACUGGACAGCAGCCUCGAAGUCAGCCACCCGCACAACGCCGACCUCUACCGCAAGGGUUACACCACUCACUUCCAGACUGGCUUCAAGCUAGACCCCAUGCAUGCGCUCACUUGCGCGCAGUUCGGGAGCUACUUCUUACAGCGACGGGCUUGGACGAACGUCGAACGGCUUGCACGAAGAGCCCUAGAACAGACAGACGUCAAUGCCAUUGCUUCGGACGGUUGGUAUCUGCUGGCUCUACAGGCGCAUUAUGAGGGCUCCUUGGACACGGCGGCAGAUGCGUACAACAAGGCCGACAAUGCUCGCGGAGGGGAUGAGAAGGGCUUCGUGCCUGCGAAGUUUGGCAACGCGCAGCUGAGGGUUUUAGGCGGCGAUGUUUCGGCAGCCAAGUUCCGACUUGAGAAGAUUGUGGAGAAGAGUCGGAGUCUGGAAGCAAUGACACUUUUGGGUGUAUUAUUCGCGGAGGAUGUUUUCGCGAAUCAGGCGGCCACGGUGAAGGAGGACAAGACUCAAGAAGCGAAGAAGGCGGUCUCUCUGCUUGAGCAGGUCAGGGUAGCAUGGAAGGACCCGAAGAGGAAAGCGAAGAAGGAUGCAUCAGUUUUGCUCAACCUCGCACGUCUGUAUGAAAGCGAGGAGCCAGCAAAGGCGCUGUCAUGCCUGAAAGAGACGGAAGAGAUAUUGCUUUCAGCGAUCUCGGAGGAUGAUCUGCCGGACGAGAUGGGAGAUGAGGAGGAAGAGAAGCGCAUACGGAGAGAACUUCUGCCACCUCAGCUUCUCAACAAUAUCGGCUGCUUCCACUUUGGAGCCGAGAAGUUCGCUGAGGCGAGAGACGAUUUCCAGACUGCUUUGAACGCCAGCGUGAAGCUCAAGGCGAAGCGAGACCAGGCAAAGGAAGAGAGUGAGACGAAUGGCGAAGUCAAUGGCGAUGCUAUAUCCUACGAACACGAAGCCCUCCUCACGACCAUCGGCUACAACCUUGCCCGCACCUAUGAAGCCGAAGGCAUCGACGACGAGGCACAGAAAGUCUACGAAGGCACUCUACUCCGGCACCCCGACUACAUCGACGCGCGCAUGCGCUUGGCCUAUCUCGCACUCAAGUCCAACCCAACUGAAGGUGCCGAAGCCGUCAAAGCGCUGCUUGAGUCUGACCCUGGCAACCUGGAAGUGCGAGCGCUCUACGGCUGGUACAUUCACACAGCGAAGAAGAGGACAUUGGCGUUGAACGAGGAUGCCGAACAGAGGCACUACAAGCACACUUUGCAGAGCUACGACAAGCAUGACACCUAUGCUUUGACCGGCAUGGGCAACCUGCAUCUUGCUAUUGCACGCGAGAUGCCACGGGAUACUGACGCACAUCGCGAGAAGAGGAGCAAGAUGUAUCUGAGGGCCGUGGAGUUCUUCGACAAGGUGCUGAGCCUCGAUCCUCGAAACGCUUUCGCGGCGCAGGGCCUAGGUAUCGCACUUGUGGAGGAGAAGAGGGACCCGACCGCUGCCGUGCAAAUCUUCUCUCGUAUCCGCGAGAGCGUAGGCGGCGCUGAGGCCAGCGUCUUCGUCAACCUUGGCCACGUCUUCACAGAAGUCAAGCAGUUCUCCCGCGCAGUCGAGAGCUAUGAACUAGCGCUCACCAAAAGCAAUCACGGCGCCAAAGAACCCGGCAUCCUCGCCUGUCUCGGCCGUGUCUGGCUGAUUCGCGGCCGCAUGGAGAAGAAGCUCGAAGCUUACAAAACCUCCCUCGAUUUCGCGCAGCAAGCCCUCCUCCAAGCGCCGGGCAAUGUCAAUUAUCGCUUCAACGUCGCAUUCGUCCAGAUGCAGCUGGCGCAGAUGCUCAUCGCGCUCCCAGAAGCACAACGUACGCUUGAAGACGUGGAGCAAGCUUCCGCCGGCCUAGACGAAGCCAUCGAGUCAUUCGCUCUCAUCGCCAAGGAGCCCAAUCCACCUUUUCCACGCGGCGACAUCGAGCAGCGCGCCAGCAUGGGACGCAACACCAUGAAGCGUCAACUCGCCGCCACGAUGGAGAAGCAGGCUGAGUACGAACGGAACAACGCCGAGCGGUUGCAGGAAGCGAAGCGCCGACGCGAGGAAGCCGCACAGAAGCGGGAGGAGGCUGCGAAAGCAGAGCAGCAGAGACGGGAAGAGGAGAUGCGCAAGAUUCGCGAGGAGCGCGAACGGAUCGCGCAGGAGGAUCGGGAACUCAUGGCGCGACGAGCCGAGGAGGAGAAGACGAAGAAGGAGGCUGAAGAGGCAGCUUUCACUACCGACGAAGAGACGGGGGAGAGAAAGAAGCGCGAGCGGAAGAAGGGGAAGGGGAAGCGCAAGAAGAAGGGCGAGGAUAGUGAUGAUGAGGGGUCGGGUGAUGAGGGGAGGAAGGGCAGGAGUGGGAAUGUUACUGGCACUUCUGGCACGCCUGGUACCGGUAGUGAUGGCGAGGGUGUGAAGAAGAGGAAGACGAAGAAGAGGAAGUUGGAGAGGAAGUCGAAGGGUGCUGCUGCUUCACAGAGCAAGUUCAAGAGUGCGGAUAUGGUCGUGGAGUCUGAUGAAGAGGACGAUGGGACUGGUGCUGCCGCUGGACCUAGCAGUCAGAUGGACGGGGACGGGGAUGGGGAGGAGAUGUUUGCCGAGACGCCUGGUGGGGCUCAAACGCCCGGUGUUGAGGAUGAGGAUGAGGAGGUAGGGGGGAGAGCUGCGACUGCGAGGAGUAAGCGGAGAGUGCUAGAUGAUGACGAAGAUGAAGAUGAAGAUGCUGAGCCACAGGGCGUCACGGCGGCGGGAAGCAGUGAUCAUGGCGGCGGUCCGUUGGGUGGGGAUGAUUGA